UAAUAACGCAGCUCUCCUUCAUUAAUUUAAACUGAUUCUUAAGAUUUAAUUUACAAUGUCAGUUAAUCCUCAGUACAUGUCUCUGUGUCUCCGGGUCAGAUCAGGUUUAGCUUUAUCGUCCACAUAAGGAAACUCAUUCGUCAGGAGUAAACAACAACAACAAGAACAACAAGAACAACAAGAACAACAAGCACAACAAUUUUACCUGCUCAGCACAAACACAGGUGCUUGAUGUGGACAGGUGGACGGUGUGGAUGUGCUGACACAGUGUUUCUCUAACUCACCGUACUGUAGCUGCUGUCGUAUCAGAACCUUUGAACCUGUGACCUGUGGUCAGAACCUUCUGGACUUUAUGGAUCUGAUGGUUCUCUCGGUCUCGUGACUGUAAACUGAAUAUGUUUGGACAUCUGAAGACAUGCAUUUGUUAUUUUCUGACGUUUUAAAGACCAAAUUAUCUGUUAUUAGGAAAUUAAUUGAUUAAGAAAAUAAUUGCAGGAUUAAUGAAUUAAUGUAAAUCCUUUAUAUUCUCACCGGUGACUGUGAUAUUAAACAGUUAAUAAUGUGAGGGAGGUUGAGUGUGUGUUCACGUCAUGGCCUGUGUCUGUCUGUAGCAUGUAGUGACGUCGCUCUGCAUCACAGCGAGAGCAGCGCUGAUGAAUAUAGGACAGCAGGAGGAGGAGGAGGAGGAGGAGGUCUGCAGCUACACACAGAGGAAGCAGAGCAGCAUCAGGAAACUGCAGCAUCUGCACCUCAGCACCAGUCUUCGCUCGUCUCUCGGCUCCAGCAGGAUGAAGGGGCUGCAGCGGCUCGCUCUGCCCGGAGCGUGAGGAGGCUUCCUGGGCUCCAUCUGCUUCGUCCCCCCCCCCCUCCUCACCCCUCUGUGUGGCGCUCUGAUCCUCCCUCACCCCCCCUGUGUCUCUGCAGCAGCUUCUCCUCCAUCAGCUGAAAACAUGGACGGACUCCGGCUGCCGCCCGUCAUAGAGGAGGUCCUGGAUCCAUCUGACGAGCUGUGUGAGCUGAAGGUGGACAAGCCCAUCAUGUUGGCAGAAACUCUGACGGCCAAGGAGAGGGAGUCUCUGGAGGAGAAGGAGGAGACGUUGGGAGACGGAGAGAAAGGCCAGGAGGAGGAAGAGAAGGAGGUGAAGGAGGAAAAGGAGGACGAGAGGGAGGAGAUGGAGGAUGAAGAGCGAGGAGAAGGAGGAGGAGGAGUGACGGAUGAAGAGGACGAGCUGGAGGAGCUGAGAGCUCAGGUGAUACAGCUGCUGUUGGAGCUGGAGGAGACCAGGGAGGUUUCCCAGAGACAUGAGGAGAGUUUCAUGGAGCUGCAGGGUCUGUUGGAGGACGAGCGGCUGGCGAGCGCCCACCAGGCCGAGAGUUUCACCAGACAGAUCCAGAGACUUCAGGCCCAGCUCCGCUCGGUCCAGGAGGAGAUGGACAGUCUGGAGGAGGAGAAGGAGAGCGAGCUGGACGAGGUGCAGGAGGAGCUGCGUUCGGCUCAGGAGGAGGUGCUGGUGCUGCAGCAGGCGGCCGAGGAGGCGGCGGCCGAGAGAGAGAACGACAUCGCGUCCCUGCAGGAGGAGCUGUGUCGGCUGAGGGCGGAGCUACAGAGGCUCCACGCCACGGCGCAGGAGUACGAGCUGGAGAUCACCACGCUGAGGGCGGAGAUCAACAUGAAGAGCCGACACCCUGAGACGCACACACACGGUGAGGUGAGUCAGCUGAAGGACGAACUCCUCUCUCUCACGGACGAGUGUCAGUCUCUCACCGACGACAACAAAGAGCUGAGCAGCAAAGUGGAGAAACUGCAGCUGCAACGAGACGCGUGUGAAGACGUGUACCUGGCAGUCAGAGUGGAGGGCAGCACUGAGCGUGAGCAGGAGGACCAGGGGAAGGCGGACUCUUACAUCACUCUGUCCCAGGCUGGUCCUGGACACCAGGGCCGCCCCCCAGAGGAUCUGGACUUGUCUUCCGUCCAGGACACGGUGUGCAGCUCGGAGCUGAACGUCCUGAAGGUCCAGCUGAGGGAGGCGGAGGAGACGGCUCAGAGGGUCCAGAGAGAGUGUGACGGUUUGAAGGGCGAGCUGGCCGAGCUGCAGCAGCUGUACGACAGCAGCCAGAGGGAGCGGGCGGCGCUGGAGCAGGAGCUGCAGCGCUGCAAGGCCGAGCUGCAGAAACUGGUGGGCAGGAAGUCACAGAACUGCACUCGUCCGUCUGAGCCCCCUGUUCUCUCCAUCCCCUUCAUAGGAAUGAUUGUUAUAGUGGCCUUGAUUUGGUGCUGGUGGGAGGAGCUGGCGUCCUAGAGGGACCAGACGGACUCUGAAGGCUUGAGCCUGGCAGUGGCGGCGGUCGCUGUGGCCGCCAUCGUAGUUCUGGUCGUCCCCAGCUUCACCAGGGCCUGAGGACUGGCACUGAGUGACCUCGGUGGGAACUCUGGGAUUGUGGGAUUGCUGUCACCCAUCCAGUGCUGCCCUCAUACAUGUUGCUGUCCUGAUGUCUGCUUAUCGCAUCGCUCUGUUUAGUGGGACGGCGCUGCCAUGGCGGUUUGACCUGAAAGCCACAGACGUCAGUGAGUGCUGGAGGGAAAAGCAGUAAGAUCGUUUCAUUUACAAAGUCGUCCAUAAAGACUCUGAAGCUCUUACUGUCGCUCAGCAGAUGAUUUCACUUGGUUUUCAAACAUCCACCAUCAUGACUCAAGAGUCUGAAAAUAUCUAGAUGUACUGUGUCAUUAUAAAGUGAUUUUAACCUUUAUUUCCAUAAACAUGUUGACCACCACCAGUAUUCAAAAUUUUACUUCAUUGUGAGUAAAGAAAUAUUAUCAACAACCGCUACUCAAAAUAUCAAACGUAAAAGUACUCGAAAUACAAACCAGCCCCUUUCAGACCGUUAUAUCUAUAUAUAUAUAUAUAUCAUAGUAUUGGAUUAAUAUUGAUGCAUUAAUUCAACAUUUUAAUGGUAUAGUUGGACAACAUGGAGCUGUAUCUAUAAUAAUGCAUUUUAUUUUAUUUAUCAAGUUUUAUAUGUAAAAUUUGAACUUGCUAAAUAACGAGUAGCUGAAGUUGUAAAAUCGACACAUUGCAGUAAAAAAUUCAACAUUUGCUCCUGAAAUCUCGAUGCAUCAAACAGAAAAUCAAAGUAUAAAUACCUUUGAAUCAUACUGAAAUACAUCCAUCCAGUCUCCAGUGUUCACAGUAAAUGCUAGUUUCAAGGACAGAUCUCAAUACUGAUAGAAAAUGAAGUGAAAAAUGUGGAUAAAGCCAAAAACAGCUGCUGCUGGAAAUCAGAGAAUGAGGAACGGUAAAAAUACAGAAUGUAAUGUUGCGAAUCUGUUUUGUUCUUAUUAAACCAAAUCGAUUUUAAUUGUUAAAUAUUCAAAACAGAAAAGAAAAGAUUUUUUGGGGGAAAAAUAUAAAAUGAAAUUUCUAUGAAAAUUAUACAUUUGUAUUUUAUUUCAGUGAACAUGAGGUAGUUUUUUAAUUUAAACUUCCACUGAACAAUUAGUUGAUAUGUUGGAGCUGACAAAAUAAAAGCACUGUUUAGGGAGAGGCAGGAAGUCGACUCCAAAACUGCCUUUAUAUCAGCAAACAAAGGUCUGAUCGUUAAUGAAAUGAUGAAUCUCAGUCCAAUGUUCACUCUCUUCUACCAGCUGCUGGUUUAUGCGGCUCUGCAGCUGCUAAAUGCUGCUGUUUGUCAAUUUGAAGUUUGCGAGGAAAACGGACUGAGCUGUUGAUUCACAGUAGUAGUAGUAGUAUUAAUAUUUGUUUCAUAUCACACAAUCAUUAGAUUUUAAUAAUAUAAGACAUGACAGACUAUGAACAUGAAAAUGUUUAGAUUUUUUUUUUAUCAAUGAAAACCUGAAUCAUACUCCUGUGUCAUGACUGCAGGUGUUUGAGAAUUUAAAUAAUUUAUUGACACAAUAUGAAAUCUUUCAGAGCUACAAUUAACAAUUAGUUUUAAUUUUAUUAUUAAUCAAUUAGUAUUGUGGUUUGUAAAACACAAUGACACAAGAAGUCCAAAAACUAAAAGGCAUUCCAUUUAUAAAGAUAUUAUUCAGAUAAAAUUUUGAAAUUGAUAAUCAAUCCAAUCAAUCCAAUCAAUCCAAUCAAUCCAAUCAGUUUUUUUGUCAAUCAGUAAAUUGUUUCAGAUCUAAAACUUUUUGCCUUAUUUUUCAACUCUGGACUAAAAGAAUAUUUUGCACUCGCUGAGUUACACUGAUGACGUAGAAAUGGUAGAAGAUAGAAAUGGAUUGUUUAGUGUUUUAAUACAUUAUGACUCUGCUUCAGUCCUGCUUAAUGCUGUAUAUUAUCUUGUCAUGUGUUUGUCCAAAAGUUAAUGUAGUUUAUUUAACUGGUUUAUUUUGUAGCAUGAGAUUUAUGAAAAAAAUUAACUCAAUCCGCUUCAUUUUACCUACAUUUCCCUUUAUAGAUCAAUUAAAAAUGUCUGUAUUUGUAUGUUUAUAGUAAGUAAAGUAGAGUGCAUAUCUACAGAAGUAACAAAGCACUUUUUUUAAAACCUUAGGAUGAUAUUUGUUGGAGAUAAUUAUUUCUGAGAGAGAUUAUUUGUAUCGACUGAUUUCACUGUGCCAGUAUUAAGCUAAGAUUGUGACAAAGCUGCUUUAAAUUUCCACAGUUUUUGCAAGAAAUGGUAUCAACAGUUAGUUUAUAUGAUUUUGGGGACAGAUGUUUCUUCUGUAGAGGAGUGUAUGUCAUAAUAAAAGUAGUGUUAAUGCUACUUCUACUAAAAAUGUGAAAAUGAUAUCUUAUUAUGCAGAUGACACUUUAUUAAGAUAUGAAGGAUGAACAUGUGUCAGAGAAGUGAUGAAAAUUAAAAAAAAAAAAAAAAAAAAAAUUAAUGAUAAUUCAGCUCUUAUACAGACCAUUCAGACAGGAUCAAUAUCAAAUAUUUUCCCUGCUCCCCCAUAAUGACAACCGUUAACCUUCAUCACCCGCAGAUUGAAGUAGUGAAUUACUAUAAUUACUACUGGAUGUGUUUAGCCUAGCUUAGCUUAAAGUUUGGAAGCAGGAGGAAACUGCUAGCCAGUGCAGAAGUAUUUAUAGUUAGCAUAUGCAGUGUUGUGGUAGUUAUUUGCAACUGGUAAUAUACAGACAUGCUUAGCUUAGUUUAGCUUAGCUUAGCACAUAGACCGAAACCAGGGGGAAAAUACAUGGUGUUGUAAUGUUAGCUGUUUUUAGCAGAUUGAUGUUAUGGUACAUGCGUAUUUUAGCUGUACGUAGCUAGGUAAUGUUAUAGUAGCGGUUUUUACCUUACCAAUUUAUAACUGGAUGUGUUUAGCCUAGCUUAACAUAAAGUUUGAAAAACAGGAGGAAACUGCUAGCCAGCGCAGAGGUAUUUUUAGAUAAUGUUAUGGUAGAUACAGUUGACAUAUCUGUUAUGCUAGCUCUUUGUAACCCACUGAUGUUGUAGUAGCUACAGACAGUUAGCAUAUUAGACAUUAUGAUUGCUGUUUUGUAGCUAGUUGCUGAUAUGGUAGUUAAAGAUAAUGUUUGACAAGAUGGCUAACAUAUCUGAGGUUAUUUGUUUGUAGACAGUUAGUAAUUUGCCAGAACAUGUUUAGACUAGUUUAGGAUUAAAACUGGAAGACAGGAAACCUGCUAGCCUAGCUAAAGAAAGAUCCACCUCUAACAACUCCAUGUAAGAUGUACAAACUGUAUCUGGUUUACUUAUCAGGUGAUUUAAUUUCAGAUAUCAUGAUGUAAAUAGUGAAUUGAAGAGGACCAAGUGUCGAGCCCUGUGGGACACCUUCGCCUGAAUGAUAGAGUCAUAAAACCAUUUGAUAGGCUUUGUUUAGAGGACCAAUCCUGUCUGAAUUAGGCUGUGGAGAUGCAGUACCAAUCAAAUCUCGAAUCCUGAAGAGAAACUAAUCUGUAUUCCCUCCUACGUUUACAUUUAAGUUGAUCUCUCACACAUGUCUCAGAUCUUCCUUCUUUUUCUGACAGUUCAGAACAAACAUUUUCUUUUGUUCAGAUUUUGUAGCUUUAAAUUUUUUUAUUGGGAAUCAUGAAUCUUCCUCUUGUUUUGCACAUAGACAAGUUAAAGUCUUUAAAAAGAUUCUAAUAGAGGAUUUAUUGUUUACAUUUAAGUGGUGACCAAAUAAUCAUAGAAAAUAUAAUCACAUGUUUAAAUGACUGUGAUCAUGUUUAGGUUGGAAUCAGGUAUUUAGGUUAAACUGUUGAAAAUGUUUGUCUUGAUUUGUGAUGAUAAUGCAUGUGACCUUCACCAAAUAAUGACUAGCUUCAAAGUGACAGACAUUCCAGUUUAUUUACAGUAUAUGACAGAAAUAACUAACCCCUCCCUGGCUAAAAUGUGACAAACUGAAUCAAAUCACAUUAGAAUCAUUUAUUGAGUAUUUGACGAUUAAUGUGGUACUUACAGAUAUUGAUUAAAUUUAAAACCAGUCCUGUUGUUCUAAAUGAUCAAUAGCAUGUGUCAUUAAGACCUUUGUACAGUUUGUCAUGACAGACAUAAUUAUUAUUUAAAGACAAACACAUUAAGUCUGUAAAUAUUGUCACAUCAGUUUGGUGUUUUGUAGUUUGGUUAAAGAGGCUCAAGAUGUACAUGGUUUAUUUUGAAAUAUAUGGAAGCCCAUUUCUGCCAAGAUUUAAGAAGGAUGACAAAAAUGAAAAAAUGAUACGUCAAAACAAUAUUCAUCAAAAUUAAUUUUAAUUAAGUAAAUUGAAAUUUAGCCUAACUUUGACAUGACUAUUUAAUUUUUCUUUGUGUGGUGUAUCUGGGCUUCCACUGAACUGACAGUUUGUUGUCAUCGCUAUUUUUAUGUCAAUGAUGUGAGUUUACCUUUUAUUUGUGACUUGCAGAACUUGAUCUGAUACACACCAGUGUCAUCCCGUAACAUGUUGUAAAAUGUGAAUAUUAGUACAAAAUGUUAAAAUGAGUUUUGGUAGCAGGUUUGGAUGCUGACUGAAUAACCAUUAAUCAGCCUCUUUAAUAUUUGUCUUUUUUCUUUCUUUUUUGCAUGUGAGUAAAAACACGAUCUUCCUAGAAGCUGCAUGCGUUACUGAACGUUACUGUACAAACACUGCACCUCUGUAUCUUUAUUUUUAUGAACACUUGGUAAUAGUUUUUACUGUAUUGUACAUAGAAUAGUUCCUGUUGGUGCUUGUUUUAAACAGAGUUAUUUUUCUUACAGCUGAUAAGACUGUAGUUCAGAGCUUUUCUCAAGUGUUUGCAAAAAUAAUGGGGAUGGACUGAUUAUUGGUUUAGUGAUAUCUACCAGCUGACAUUACGUAUGGUUAAGUGUUGGUGAUCACUUAUCAGCAUCAAUGCAUUGAUCAAGCACACACUGCAAGUGUUUGUAAUGUUCUUGUUAAUGUUGACAGUUCAACAACACAUGCUUUUCUUUGUUGUACCAUAUUUGUUUUUGAUUUUUUAAUGCAGAAGUUCCUGUUCACAGCACAGAGUUAAUUUUAUUUUAGAUUAUUUUGAUGCAAAAAUGCAAAUAUUUGUGAGCAUAAAUUUUGUACAGGAACAAUACAUAUCUAUAUAGUAGUAGAAGUACUAUAUGCUUUGUUUCUUGGUCAUGGAUUUCAUCACUCAUUUUUGACAGCAACAUUUCUGAAGAAAAAACAAAUUGAAUGUUUUUCCUUUUGCAUAAAAUGACAUGUUUGUCGUUAAAGACGCAACAGAAAUGCAAGAAUUUAAUUGUCAAAUUUCGUUCGAAGAUCUCAUGUAAAUUUAGACUUGAUAACGUUCAACUUCAUAUGUGAGGUUCUGCUAGAAUUUAAGGAAAUGAAAAAGUCAGAUUAUUUGUUUAACGUUGAUUAAAUCAGAGAAUUUUCCUCAGUUUUAUCAGAAACCUUUAUAUCAAUCCAUCCUUAGCAUUUUCCUGACAAGUGUUAGCUACUGUAGACACCUCAGUGUUGCAUGUUAGCUUUAGAGAAGUAGUGAGUUUGCAUGAAAAUAGGGGUUAGAUUGAGUAGCUUCAGCUGUAGAGUUAGACAGUGCUCAAUGAAUGUGACGGUGGUAGCAUGAGUGCUGUAAUCCAAUUCUUCCUCUCGUUACUUUCUACUGUUUUAUCAAUAUUUUUAUAGCUAAAAGUUAAAAACGGUUUGAUGUUGCAAAGUUUUCUCCGGAGUCAGAUGUUGCAGAUGAAUAUUAGUUUCAUCUCUGUUUAUCCAGGACACGUUAGCCUACCAUAGCUUAGCACAAAGACUGAAAGCAAGGGGAAACUGUUAGCCUAGCUCCAUCAGAAGAGAAAAACCUUCCAACAACUCCAAGUCUGUCUCAUUUACAUGUUUUAUCUUGUUGUUGUGGGUAACUAGAGUACAGCGAAUGUAAUCAGUGUUACGCUAGGUAUGUAGCUUUAACAGCUUUUAGGUUUGAUUACUACAAGCAUUAUGCUAUUUGUUUGUUGUUAGCUUUUAUGGUAGUUGCAAACAAUUAUGUCUGAUUUUCUUUUUUGUUUUUAGAUAUACCAAACAUGUUUAGCUUAGCUUAGCUUAGCACAAAGACUGGCAAAAGGAUACUGUUAAUGUAGCUAUGUUGUGUUACAGUGUGGUGUGGUGAGAACUUUCCCUGUUGAAUAAAUAAUGAAAAUAUAUAAUGAUAAUUGUUACAUUAUCAUAAUCGAUGCUAUGUUACCUGUUUAUAGCUAGGCAUUGUUAUGGUAGCUACAAGGAGAAUAUUCACCAUUAUUCCAGUUGUUUGUAGCUAGCUAGCAUACGCAAUGUUGUGGUAGUUAUUUGUAACUGGUGCUAUACCAAGUCAUGCUUAACUUAACUUAGCUUAGCACAAAAACUGAAACCAGAGGGAAAAUGCUUGGUGUUGUAAUGUUAGCUGUUUUUAUCAGGUUACUGUUGCGGUAGUGAUGAUGCUGAUAUUAUGUUAGCUGUAUGUAGCUAGGUAAUGUUAUAGUAGCUUUUUUUUUACCACACCACUUUAUAACUGGAUGUGUUUAGCCUAGCUUAGCAUAAAGUUUGGAAGCAGAAGGAAACUGCUAGCCAACGCAGAAGUAUUUAUAUUUAGUUAAUGUUAUAGUAGCUAGAGUUGACAUAUCUAUUAAGCUAGCUGUUUCUAACCACCUCAUGUUGUCGUAGCUACAGAUAGUUAGCAUAUUGGACAUUAUGCUAACUGCUCAUGGCUAGUUGCUGCUAUGGUAGUUACAGAUAAUGUUUGACAGGAUAGCUAACAUACCUGAGGUCAUCAGUUUGUAGCCAAGUAGUAAUUUGCCAGAACACGUUUAUAUUAGUUUAGCAUACCUGUGUUUUACCUGCAAUUAGCAUCUGAGCUGUUUGUUAACUAGCAACUGCUUGCUAGGCUAACAGUUUCCCUAUUAUUGCAGUUUUUGUGCUAUACUAAGCUAACACGUUGUGGACCAGUCUUUGUACUGAACCCACAGAGAUGAAACCUCUGACUCUGGAGAAGAAAGACAACAUCAAUAUCAGACUGACUGUUUUUAAUCCUCAGAUUUCUCUGGCUGUUUCUGUUGGUCUGUUGGCUUCGACGCUGUGUUAGUUGUGUCAGGUGUUCAGGUGUUCAGGUGUCAGGUGUGCAGUAAGAACUGGUUUUAGUUUGGAUCAAACCGGCAUGUUGAUUUGGCUGCUGUUUGUUCUGCUGCUGUUUGAGACGAUGGAUUAUUCUCUUCCUGUGUCUUUGAAUUAUUUACUGAUGUUUCUGCACAUUGUUAAUUGUUUAAUUGUCUGUCUGUAUUUUUAUGUGCUGAUUUUGUUAAAUGUACAUUUUGUAAAUGAACAGACAAAUAAAAGUUAGUUUAACCUUG